AUGCGCGUUUACCAGGCGUUAGAGGAUAAAACAUUCCACGUGCCUGAACCGAUUUUCCUUGCUCUUAAAAGUCUUGGGAAGACGAUAUCUAAGACGGGAGACACUCUUGUCCCCACCUUUCCAGACAUACCAACAACACGAGUAGAUGACAUCCCCGGAACAUUGGGAGUAAUAGGCAUCGAGAAUCAUAAUGUCUAUGAAGAAUUGCCAGUAAUAGGCCCGACUAUCGAGGCUCUACGGCAGCGAGUCAGUGGAGAGAACCCCACAAACGCAAGAGCGUACGGCUCACUUCUUGCUCCACCCGGAACUACCGCUAAUGUUAACCUACAAGGCUUUGCUCGACUUAGCUUUUGCAGACGGGAAGCGUUAGCAACACUACACGACCUUGGAAUUGAAGAGGACGUUCAAUUCCAAAACAUACAUAAUACUGGGAUUAGUUACCAGAUACUUAACUUUGUAUCUGAGUAUCUAUCGACGACAGAGAUAUUCAAGCUCUACAAUGUCUCAGUAUUACAGAUGCCGGACACAGGAUCCACUGGUCAGCUGAUCGCAGCGAGACCCGAGCCAACAGAACUGCUUCCCGAUACACGGGCUGGUAACACAUAUGUUGCCAUGCAGUCAAUGACAGCCGAAUCGGCUAUGAUGGCCGGAGUUUCAGAAGCGUUUGGACUGAAUCAGUUCAAAGAGAAUAGUCUUGAUGGAGAUGAGUGGACCAGAAAUGCAAGCUGGUCAGCGUUAAACUUUACGCAAGCUCACCCAGCACCACCCGGAUAUGACGACAACCGGAAUGACAGACGUAAUUUGCCGAACAGAUACCUAGAGCGAGUGUUCUACGCCGCAGGAGACUGGGCUGGCGAUUACCGAAAGAUGGUCGUUGAUCGACUUGUUCGACAAUGA